AUGGAUAAGUCAUAACCUAUCAAGAGGUCAUCGAAACAAAGAGACAUUGAUAAUUAAGAGAAACCGUAAUCUAAAAUAAUGCAGGAUACACAAUAGAGCAGUUAAUAAUAUAUAAUAACAGAUGCCACUUUCGAAUUGAUCAUAAGAGAGAGAGAUGCCUUGAUAGAGAGGCUGGAGUCAGAUCAAAGAUAAUUAAAAUCUCAACUGGACCAAAAGAAAUUAGAAUUAUAUGAACUCUCAUAAAGAUUCGCAUCCCAAAGGGGGAACCACCUCAUCAAACUAUAAUAGUCAGGCAUCUAACUUAAGUAAAUUCAGCCGGAUGCAGAUGCUUAUAAAUGACUUACUUAAUUAAUUAUAAUUUUUAUAUUAAAAGUUUCA